AUGCGCGUGCUGAUUCUAGGGCUCGAUGGAGCUGGUAAAACGACUAUCGUUAAGAAAAUCAUGGGAAGAGAUGUGAAUGUCAUCGAACCGACCCUCGGAUUCAACAUUGAAACUAUUCCUAUCGAGCUUGAAGGAGACUCUCAGCCGUAUCAAGUGAAUGUCUGGGACGUAGGAGGGCAAAAAUCAAUCCGGACAUUUUGGAAAAACUAUUUUGAACAAACAGAGGGUCUCGUCUGGGUUGUCGAUUGUUCCGAUAGGUCCAGAUUGGAAACUUGCAGAGAAGAGCUUUCUCAGUUACUGUUGGAAGAAAGACUAGAUGGCGCGACAUUACUUGUAAUGGCGAAUAAACAAGACCUUCCAGGAGCUGCUAGCGUCGAUGAAAUUCAAAAGCUUCUCGGAUUAGACGACAUUACAACUCAUCAUUGGUCGAUACGAGGAUGUUCAGGAGUCAAGGAUGAAUCAGAAGCACUAAAUGGACAUCUGAAAUGGCUCACUGGAGAUGUUGCUUCACGAUGCUUCUCACGAGACUAA